CAGAAGCCCCGCCCCGGGCCCAUGCUGGCUGGCCUCCCUCCGCUACUCUCGCCCCGUUUCUUUCACCGAACUCCGCCCCCUCUCCGGUUCCGCAAGGCGGGCUAGUGACGCAGACCCGCCCAUUGCCUUGCGCGGCGGCCGCUCUUCCCCGUUGCUCUGGCGGGGUCAAUCAGCCUCUGUGCUCAGUUCCGCCUUAAGAGGCCGGGCCGGGUUUUCUUGUGGUGGUUUGUUGUUGCCAUUGCCAAGUGCUUGUUAGUCGCCGCUAUUGUCUCCGCUCCAGAGCGUUGAGAAGGCGAAAAGGUUCGCUUAAGGCGGGGUUGCCUCCCCAAACUUCACCCGCCCAACGAGAAGGAGCAGGAGCGGCGCGUCCCAGAGAAAUCUCUUACAUGGAUAAGCCUGAUAAUGAUGUUGAAGCUGGAAGAAAGCUGCUGUAAGCAGAGACAGGAUGAGUCGGCUGUUAGACUAUCAAGAAAAUGCCCAGGGCAGCGGUCUGAGCUCCCAUCCUUCUUUACGGGAUGUUCAUUCCAUUAACCCAGCACAGCUAAUGGCAAGAAUUGAGUCCUAUGAAAGCAGACAGAAGAAAGGCAUAUCUGAUGUCCGAAGGACUUUCUGUUUGUUUGUCACCUUUGACCUCUUGUUUAUAACCUUGCUGUGGAUAAUAGAGUUAAAUGUGAACGGGGGCAUUGAGAAAACGUUACCACAGGAAGUCCUCCAGUAUGACUACCAUUCUUCAUAUUUUGAUAUCUUUCUCCUGGCAGUCUUUCGGUUUAAGAUUUUGAUCCUUGCAUAUGCAUUGUGUAGACUUCGACACUGGUGGGCAAUUGCAUUUACAACAGCAGUAACCAGUGCCUUUUUAUUAGCAAAAGUAAUACUCUCAAAGUUAUUAUCUCAAGGUGCUUUUGGCUAUGUAUUGCCCAUCAUAUCUUUCCUUCUUGCCUGGAUUGAAACCUGGUUCCUGGACUUCAAAGUUUUACCGCAAGAGGCAGAAGAAGAAAACAGACUACUGUUAGUGCAGGAUGCCUCUGAGCGAGCUGCUCUUACUCAUCCUGGACUCCCCUCUGAUGGCCAGUUCUAUUCUCCUCCUGAAUCUGAAGCAGGGUCUGAUGAAGAAUCUGAAGAAAAACAGGACACAGAGAAACCAGUGGUAUAGCAAAUAUGGCAGCAAUAGAGUGAAAACUUGAAUGCAGAAUUGCUUAGAAUUUGCUGCUCGUGGGACUAUAAUUAUGAUGCCUGCAUUUCACUUAUUGGAAUUCAUAGCAGAAGCAUUUAUUUAUUUAUUUAUCAAAGGAAACUGUCCCUGUGUUCUGUAAUAUCUCACCAAAUCUGUAACACAUCUGCAUAUAUACAUUGGACUGAAUCAUGCCUAAUACGAAAAAGUACUUGUCUGAUGUAUCAGUGAUGCUCAAAACUGAUUUUCUCAUGACCAGGAAGCCACUGGAGAGUGGUGUGCUUGUGAAUCUAACCUAUAGAUGUAAUAGUAUAUUAAGUAAUACUUUAUGAUGGAAGUUUUGUCCAAUGAUGAUUUGGUUUCACAAAAUUGUUAAUGUUAUUAAUUUUACUUUUUGUUUUUUAAUGAGGUAUCUUUUUUUAAAAGACAGAGAGAUGCACUCUUUGUAAAUUAAAGGAAUACAUUAAUAAAA